AUGGAACCCGGGAAUGAGACACCAAUUUCAGAAUUCAUUCUCCUGGGAUUAUCAAAUGAACCAGAACUGCAGCCCCUCAUAUUUGGACUUUUCCUCUCCAUGUACCUGAUCACUAUGUUUGGAAACCUGCUCAUCAUCCUGGCUGUCAGCUCAGACUCCCACCUCCACACCCCCAUGUACUUCUUCCUCUCCAACCUGUCCUUCGUAGACAUCUGCUUUAUCUCCACCACCAUCCCAAAGAUGUUGAAGAAUAUAAGGACACAGAACAAAGUAAUAACCUAUGAAGGCUGCAUCAUCCAGAUGCAUUUUUUCAUACUUUUUGCAACAUUGGACGUGUUCCUCUUGACCGUGAUGGCCUAUGACCGCUUCGUGGCCAUCUGCCACCCACUCCACUACACAGUCAUCAUGAAACCCCAGGUCUGUGGACUGCUGGUUCUGCUGUCCUGGAUCAUGAGUGCUCUGAACUCCUUGAUACAAAGCAUAAUGGUCACUGUUCAAAUGUCACCUUGCAAUGAUACACGAAUUUCAGAAUUUCUUCUUCUGGGAUUUUCAGAGGAUCCAGAACUACAGUCCAUCAUAUUUGGGCUUUUCCUCUCUAUGUACCUGAUCACUGUCUUUGGAAACCUGCUCAUCAUCCUGGCCAUCACUUCAGACUCCCACCUGCACACCCCCAUGUACUUCUUCCUCUCCAACCUGUCCUUUGUAGACAUCUGUUUCACUUCCACCACCAUUCCAAAGAUGCUGUGGAACAUCCAAACACAGAGCAAAGUUAUCACCUAUGAAGGCUGCAUCACACAGAUUUAUUUUCUCAUCCUCUUUGCAGUGUUGGACAUUUUUCUCCUGACUGCGAUGGCCUAUGACCGCUUUGUGGCCAUCUGCCAUCCCCUGCACUACACAGUCAUCAUGAACCCGAGACUCUGUGGAAUGCUGGUGUUGAUGUCCUGGCUCACCGUUGUCUUCUUAUUUUAUUGUACGAUGCUUGGAGUGUACCUUAGCUCUGCAGCUACCCACAAUGCACACUCAAGUGCAACAGCCUCGGUGAUGUACACAGUCAUCACACCCAUGCUGAACCCUUUCAUCUACAGCCUGAGGAAUAAAGACAUGAAUCGGGCUCUGAAAGCAUUCUUUGUGAGAAGAAAUAUAUGA